AGGGGCCGGAGAGGCGGCCGGGCCGGCAGGCUGCGGGUUCCAGGUGUCCCCGGCUGCCCUCGCUCCCAGACUCGCCGUCUCAUUUGCCGCCUUCGACGCGUGACCCGGCGCGCUCGCGUCUGGGACCGGUGACAGGCUCGGGGUGCGCCUGGCGGUCCCAUGUGCCCCCUCUCUUUCGCGGCCGCCGCAUUCGCAGCGCCCCGAGCCCGCCUGUCUCUCCUCCGCAGAGGGCUCGCCGCCGCCAUGUCUACCGCCGAGCCACUCAAAUCCGUGGACUACGAGGUGUUCGGGAGAGUGCAGGGUGUUUGCUUCAGAAUGUACACCGAAGGUGAGGCUAAGAAAAUAGGAGUGGUUGGCUGGGUGAAGAAUACCAGCAAAGGCACCGUCACAGGCCAAGUGCAAGGUCCCGAAGAGAAGGUCAAUUCUAUGAAGUCCUGGCUGAGCAAGGUUGGGAGUCCCAGUUCUCGCAUUGACCGAACGGAUUUUUCUAAUGAGAAAACUAUCUCUAAACUUGAAUACUCCAACUUUAGUAUUCGAUACUAAUAGAAAUAAAAAUUGUAAUACUUAUACUGCAACAAGAGACACCAUAUAUUCUUAGUUCUAUCUACUAGAAUAGUAGCAGUGGAGUAGGGUGCAAAGAACUUUCUGUACUGAAGGCUGAAAAAUUGUUUGUUACUAAAUUGUCUGACACUGAAAUAAUUUUAUUCAACUAUAUGUUUAAUAAGCAAAAACAUAGUAUUGUAAGAUUAAAAUGUCAUUAUAAAAUAUUUAGUAGGAAUAUUCCAUUUAAACUUGUCUAAUGAAUCUUUAAUUUCAAUAAAUGUUAUAGCAUACAUAUUAUUUAGACAUAAAAUAAAGGUAACCAUUUCAAACUAUUUUGAAGUACUGUUGUCUUCAAAAUUAUAUCAUAGAAUUAUAAAAUCUUCUAAAUAAUAUUGAUUAAUUUGCUAUUUGAAUGUUUUGAAAGAAUGAGAGGGGUGCCAGCAGGUGGCGCAGUGGUUGAGGCACUGGAUUCGCACAUGGCUG